CGCUUAUGAAUAUUCAAUAAUCUGACCGGAAUUUCGGUCAAUUCCCGAAAAUGACGCGGUUCCGUACUACAUUUCCCAGAACCCCCUGCGUUUUGUUUAAGGGCGUGUGAGAGAGAUGAAAACUGGAUCAUCUGCAGACUUUGAUUUAGCAUCAAUGGCUGCAGCAGAUUUUCUCUACAGGGCUUUGCUGUAUUAUGAGCUGUAGUAAAGCAACACUUUGAUCGAUUCUCUGGAGAAUCUGUGGCCACCAUCACUGUACCUGAACUAUCACCUGACAUUGGCAAACAGACCACAAUGGAAACUGGCUUUGGAGCCUCAUUUCCAGCAGUCCCUCAAGUAGCAAAAGCAGAUACUAAUUACAAACAGCACCGCAGGACCCCAUCAUCUUCCAGCACUUUGACCUACUCCCCUCGUGAUGAUGAUGAUGGCAUGCCACCUAUCAGUACCCCACGCCGCUCGGACUCUGCCAUCUCUAUUCGCUCCCUGCACUCCGAGUCCAACAUGUCACUGCGCUCCACCUUCUCCCUCCACGAGGAAGAGGAAGACACAGAGCCACAGGUGUUUGCAGAACAGCCCUCAGUCAAGCUUUGUUGCCAGCUGUGCUGUAGCGUGUUCAAGGACCCCGUCAUCACCACCUGUGGCCACACUUUUUGCAGGCGAUGUGCCUUGACCUCAGAGAAAUGCCCGGUGGAUAAUUCCAAGCUCACAGUGGUUGUGAAUAACAUAGCAGUGGCUGAACAAAUCGGUGAGCUCUUCAUUCACUGCAAGUACGGCUGUCGGCCUGCUGCCUCCGGCAAGCUCGGUGCCUUUGAGGUCGACCCACUUGGAUGUCCUUUCACCAUCAAGCUCAGCACCAGGAAAGAGCAUGAAGUAAGCUGUGACUACAGACCUGUGCGCUGCCCCAACAAUCCCAACUGCCCUCCAUUGCUCACCAUGAACCUGGAGGCCCAUCUGAAAGAGUGUGAACACAUUAAGUGCCCUCAUUCCAAAUAUGGUUGCACCUUCAUUGGUAAUCAGGACACAUAUGAGACUCAUCUGGAGGUGUGUAAGUUCGAAGGGCUGAAGGAGUUUCUGCAGCAGACGGAUGACCGUUUCCAUGAGAUGCAGGUGACGCUGGCGCAGAAGGAUCAGGACAUUUCGUUCUUGCGCUCUAUGCUGGGCAAACUCUCUGAGAAACUAGACCAGCUGGAGAAAAACUUGGAGCUCAAGUUUGAUGUGCUGGAUGAGAAUCAGAGCAAGCUCAGUGAAGAUUUGAUGGAGUUCAGAAGAGAUGCUUCUAUGCUGAAUGAUGAACUGUCCCACAUCAAUGCCAGACUCAAUAUGGGUAUACUAGGAUCCUAUGACCCUCAGCAGAUCUUCAAAUGCAAGGGUACCUUUGUGGGCCACCAGGGUCCAGUAUGGUGUCUCUGUGUGUAUUCUACUGGUGAUCUUCUCUUUAGUGGAUCCUCAGAUAAGUCCAUCAAGGUCUGGGACACGUGCACCACAUACAAGUGCCAGAAGACCCUUGAGGGCCAUGACGGCAUUGUGUUGGCGUUGUGCAUUCAGGGGAACAAACUAUACAGCGGCUCGGCCGACUGCACGAUCAUUGUUUGGGACAUCCAGACCCUGCAGAAAGUGAACACCAUCCGAGCGCACGACAACCCGGUGUGCACUCUUGUGUCCUCGCACAACAUGCUCUUCAGCGGCUCCCUUAAAGCCAUUAAGGUGUGGGAUAUUGUUGGCACGGAGCUGAAGCUAAAGAAAGAACUGACUGGAUUGAAUCAUUGGGUUCGAGCUCUGGUCGCUUCUCAGAAUCAUCUGUAUAGUGGAUCCUAUCAAACUAUAAAGAUCUGGGACAUCCGCUCUCUGGAGUGCGUCCAUGUGCUUCAGACUUCUGGAGGCAGCGUGUACUCCAUUGCAGUCACCAACCACCAUAUAGUUUGUGGCACCUAUGAGAACCUUAUUCAUGUUUGGGACAUUGAGUCUAAAGAGCAAGUGCGGACACUGACAGGCCAUGUGGGUACAGUAUACGCACUGGCGGUCAUCUCCACUCCGGAUCAGACCAAAGUCUUCAGCGCCUCCUACGAUCGAUCGCUCAGGGUGUGGAGCAUGGACAACAUGAUCUGCACCCAGACUCUUCUGCGGCACCAGGGCAGUGUGACGGCACUCGCCGUGUCCAGAGGAAGACUCUUCUCUGGAGCCGUAGACAGCACAGUAAAGGUGUGGACAUGCUAAACCUGUGACAGCUAAGUGAAGGUAACAUAAAACGUCAGAAAUUUUGACUCAUGAACCAGAAACGUUUCGUUAUUUUCUACCCUUCUCUCCCAUUGUUUGGACUCGGCCAUCUGCUCGGUGAAUUUUGACCACACAGCAAAGUGGACGACAGGGACUAUGCGUGUCCUACAUGUACCUUGACUUCAAAGCUCACACCGGACACCCUCACGAGUAAACAUAACCAUGAAUGAUGGAGUGCAGCCAACAUGUUUCAUAUAAACAUGAAAACUGUUUUUAUAUACAUAAUGUCAUUCUUAAAGUGUUAUUCAGUAUAUACUGUACGAAGGUCUACCAAUGAAGCUGAAAUCAGUUGAAGGCCUUUUUGAACUCUGAUUUUAGUGAGCCACAGUCUCAUGACUGAGUGCCUAAACUUCAGUCUGAUGCCAAUGGAGAUGCAUGUACACCAGACUCAAAAAGAGAGCGAUCGCUCAGCUCAUGUGAGAAGCAUCAUCCCAGGGCAAAAUGAAGACCUACAUUAAAUCAACCUACAGCAGAGCAUUGUUCCAGGUUUUUAUCUCAGAAUUUGACAGUGCCAACUGAGCAUCCACAACUGCUCAGAUAUUUUAUAAAUGCUUGUGUGUGGAAACCUUUGUAUGGCGGUGUAAUUACCAUAUAUAUAUAUCAAACCUUAAAUAAUGCAGUGUUUCUUUGCCAAAGGCACAUGUUCAUCAUGCAUUUCCACGUUUGCCAUGAAAACCAUGCUACUUUUCACAAUGUAAUGAAAGGUAGUUGCUAUAUUAAAUCAUAUUUAAAUGAGUAACAGCAGGUUGAUAAGUCCAAUACAAAGCAAUUAUUCAAAACACAUUAACUUCUGAGGAGAGAUAAAAUGUGGCGUUGAAAAAACACUGCAUUGUAUGUUAAAAGGUUGUCCAUAAAUGGCUGCUAUUUUGGAUAUCAGUGAUGUCUUUUGGUGGUGGAUGCAGGCAGAGCUCCUCACAUGUAGGACAACAUUGGAAGUACUGAACAAAAGACAAGAGCUUUGUGUAUAAUCUGGAUGCACCCCUUCCUGUACUUGUAUAAAAACAGUUACUUGUAUAAACAAAGUUAUUAGCCAGAUUUGACGAUUAAAGCAGUAUACAUUUUA